AUGACGCUCAUGUAUAGCAGUGUCCUCUCUCCCUCUCUCUAUCUCACUUUAUCUCUCCCUCUCUCUAUCUAUCUCUAUCUCUCUUUUUCUCUCUAUCUCUCCCUCUCUUUUUCUCUCCUUAUCUCUCUCUUUCAUGGAGCAUGUGUACAUGCCUCUGUGUGCGUCAGAUGCGACGUUCUUCCUAACUUUCCUUUUUACUUUCUUUCUUUCUCUUUUUCUCUUUCUUUCAUUCUUUCUUUCUUUCUUUCUUUCUUUCUGUUUCCCUACUUUCUUCAUUACUUCCAUUUCACUGAAGCCCUUGCUAAUUUUCUUUCUUUCAUUAUACCAUUCUUUCUUUCUUUCUUUCUUUCUUUCUUUUUUUAUACCUUUCUUCCUUUCUUUCUUUCUUUUUUAUACCUUUCUUUCUCUCUUUCUUUCUUUCUUUAUACCUUUCUUUCUUUCUUUCUUUUUUUCUUUAUACCUUUCUUUCUUUCUUUCUUUCUUUAUACCUUUCUAUAUACCUUUCUGUCUUUCUUUAUACCUUUCUUUCUUUAUUUAUACCUUUCUUUCUUUCUUUCUUUAUACCUUUCUUUCUUUAUACCUUUCAUUAUACCUUUCUUUCUUUCUUUAUACCUUUCUUUCUUUAUACCUUUCUUUCUUUCUUUCUUUCUUUAUACUUUCCUUUCUUUCUUUCUUUCUUUAUACCUUUCUUUCUUUCUUUCUUUAUACCUUUCUUUAUACCUUUCUUUCUUUCUUUCUUUCUUUAUACAUUUCUUUCUUUUUUUCUUUCUUUAUACCUUUCUUUCUAAUAAAUUAAGAACGACAUUUGCUGAUGCCUUGUCUAUGUGCUUUUCGAUCUAUCUAUCUAUCUAUCUAUCUAUCUAUCUAUCUAUCUAUCUAUCUAUCUAUCUAUCUAUCUAUCUAUCUAUCUGA